AGGACAGGGCGAGUAGCCAACAGACUGUUUGCUACUACAAGGCAGAAAGAAAUGUAACGGGCAAGCUUCAGCCCGAAGAUAUCGAUACGAGCUUAUGCACCCACUUGAUUGUAGGGUACGCUGAAGUACGCGAAGACUUUCUUCUCCCUCGUACUACCUACGAUUUGGAUUGCUUCAACAGGACGUCUGCUCUCAAGAAGAAGAACACCAAAAUGAAAGCGAUGCUGUCCAUCGGAGACAAAUCGAAAGGAGGAUUCUCAAAAAUGGUGACAUCUAGUGAGAAAAGAGAGAGAUUCAUCUUCUCUUUACUGCAUUUUCUGGAUAAAUAUAACUUCGACGGAGUGGAUUUUGACUGGGAAUUUCCUGCGUGGAACGGAGGGAAUAAACUCGAAAGGUUUCACUUUGUGCUUCUGCUAAAGGAACUGCGGUUUGUCCUUGAAAGGGUGAAAAAAAAGUUUUUAGUAAGCCUUGCUGUUGCUGCCCACGUUGGUAUCAUAGAUACGUCUUACGAUGUACCUGAAAUAGCGAAAGCUGUGGACUUCGUGAACCUCAUGUCUUAUGACUUCCAGAUGUUCAGCAAGGAAUACCCUUUCACAGCGCACCAAAGUCCUCUUUUCUCCAGAAACAGCGAAAGAAAGCACAAUUAUUUUAACAACGUGGCAUGGGCUGCGAGUUUUUGGGAAGCUCGAGGAAUGCCUAGGAAGAAAAUAAUGGUAGGAAUACCAAUGCAUGCACGAACAUAUCAUCUGGAAAAUCCAAAAAAGCAUAGUUUGGAUGCUCCAGCCACCGGACCAGGGCUAGGAAAGGGCAAACUUUCUUUCUCUCAGGUAUGUUAUUUUUUAAAACAUGGUGCUAAGCAAAUUUUCGACUUAUCUACUAAGGUUCCUUUUGCAUAUCUGGGCCAUCACUGGAUAGCUUUCGAGAAUGAGCACAGUGUUUCUUUCAAGAGUCAAUGGGUAAAGGAAGAAGGCUAUGGCGGCAUUAUGAUCUUCAACUUGAAUAAUGACGACUGGGCAGGACAUUGUGAUAAUAAGACCAAAUUUUCCCUUUCAAGGGCGGCCACCAAAAUGAUAUCUUGA